AUGAUCCGAACCGCACCUAUCCAAGGUCCUCGUAUCCCGUUUGUCGCCGCCGCUGCUCUUGCUUCUCCGUCCCUUAGAACGUGCAACUCGCUUUCGCCCACGAAUCAAGGCGUGCGGGUUUCAGGCUGGUUAAGCGCUGCCAGAGGAACAGAAAGAAAGCGAGGUGUUUCUUGCUUCUCAGCUGGAAGAGUAUUUUCCUCCAUGGCGCAAGGGCAGCAAGUUGCGGGUACUGCGGACGAUCGAGUCAGCCUUGGCGAUGACGCGUCGUCCCGCAUCCAGCUUUACUCGUUCGCCACUCCCAAUGGCAUGAAGGUGAGUAUCGCUCUGGAGGAGAUGCAGUUGCCAUACGACGCGCACACAGUGGACAUAACCAAGGGCGAGCAGUUCAACCCAGAAUUCAUUGCAAUCAACCCCAACAACAAGAUCCCUGCCAUUGUGGACCCGAAAGGAGGCCCAGGCGGCACCCCGCUGAAGAUAUUUGAGAGCGGUGCCAUCCUGCUGUAUCUGGCGGAGAAGUCGGGCAAAUUUCUGCCGCAGGAUGCUGUGCAGCGAUGGGAGACCAUUUCGUGGCUCUUCUUCCAAGUGGGCGGCGUCGGUCCCAUGUUCGGCCAGGUUGAAGGCGUCGGUCCCAUUCUCGGUCAGGUGAAAUGUCUGAUGCGGGACCCAUCUUGGACUAGUGGGGGAUUUGAAGGCCUUUCGGUUAGGUGUGUGUUUCCUGUUCGGCCAGUGCGACCAUCCGUACCCUCUGCAGCGCUACACGGAGGAGACGCGGCGGCUGCUGGGGGUGCUGGAGAAGUUUGCAGCCACCCAUACCCCCUGUUUCCCCCUUCCCCCCAGUUCGGCAUGUUUUACAAGUUCGCACGGGAGCAGUGUGAACACCCAUUCCCCCUGCAGUGUACUUUCGGCAUGUUCUACAAGUUUGCACGUGAGCAGUGUGAACACCCGUACCCGCUGCAGCGCUACACGGAGGAGGCGCGGCGGCUGCUGGGGGUGCUGGAGAAGCGGCUGGAGGGGAGGGAGUUCCUGGUGGGUGCAGGGUACACCAUCGCUGACAUGGCCACCUUCCCCUGGGUCAACUCGCUGCAAUUACCUCGAUAG